AUGUCCAAUGUGCACACCCGUCUACAGCGCCUGAUCGUGAAUUGUUCCAAUCAUACAGAAGGCAUGAACGUGCAACUAUCCAAAUUGAAAGUUGACGGGGAGCCCAUUUUCCUGAAACGACGCGUAAUCCCCUAUGGCCAACGUGAAGGCGUGCUGCAGGCCCUUGAGAAAAUGGAGCGCGAUGGCAUAAUCACCCGAGUCACAUCCAGUACGUGGGCAAUGCUAAUUGUGAUCGCGAUCAAAAGUGACGGCAAAACACCGCGAAUUUGUGGCGAUUACCGGUUGAACCUCAACCCGCGGUUGCGAAAGUGUGCGGCUACCACCAUAGAACCGAGGAUUUCAUGA